CUCCCAGACACUUUGUUUAUAAACUCUCUUUCAGAUUUCAGUUUGAGUUCGUCGCGGUAGUUGUGCCCGAGCGUUGUAUCGGAACAGUCGAAUUCAACAGUUGAAGUCCGAUUCGAUUCCCGGUUCGCAAGUGCGUUACCGGUUCGUGAGAACGACUCUAAACCGUCUAGGCAAGAGCGCCGGAUCGCCCCAAGAGCGGAUCAGUGCUGAAGUGGUCUCUCGAUCAAGCUAUUGACUUCUGAAUGAUCCGUAUCCCAUAGAUACCACUGGACGAACGGAACUCCCCGACACGGCCUUUCGAGCUUGUAUGCAAAUCGCCCUUUGCCCUAAAGCCCAAAGCCCCAAACACUCGCUCGCCGCUCGGCCCGUGCGGUCCGUGCUGUGACCCCCAAGUCGACCCCCACCGCCGCUCAUAGAAAGAAAAUAAAAGAUAGAUAAAUAAAGCAGUGAAAAGCGCGCGACAAGUGAAGCGCACAGGUUGCCUGUGUCUGUGUUGGUGAUGCCCCCGACAGUGUUUGGUUGUGUGAUUUCUUUUGUUUGCUGGCCAAUUGUGCUGGGGCUUAAUUGAAUGCUUGUCUCAUAUGGGCCAACAGCAGAACUUGCAGCGGUAGCCAAACAACAGCAACAGCAACAGCAACAACGACAUCGAGUAUUUCGCAACGCCACAAAAAGUGUAUAUAUUGGAGGUCCAGAAGAGAAACACCAAAGCUGACACACACGCACCGAUAUCGACGGAAGAGAAGCUAAGCCAGAAGUAUAGCGGGUAUAUAGGAAAACCAGUUUCCAGCGGCAGAAGCAGCAGCGGCAGCAGCAGCAGCAGAGCAGCGCAGUCGCAGCGUUGUCUGAGAACUCUGCGAUCGUACAAACUCCUAACAAAUCAAAGCAGCCAGCCAAAUAAAUAAAUAAUUUAAGGCAGCAACCACUAGAGCCGGAGAUGCCACCCACCGAACUGAGAAAACUUGCCCUGACUUUGGCCAUGGCCAUUAGCUUGGCCCUCGUCAUGGGCGACAGCUCGUCCUCGUCCAGCUGCGGACCCAAUUUCCCGGCGGCCUGCAGCUGCGGCGAGGAGCUCUACGAGAGCGAGAUGCAGUAUGUGGUCAACUGCACGAAUGCCGGACUGCGCAAUACCAGCGUCCUGGAGUUUAUGCCCGAGCAGGUGGAGGUGCUGAUCUUCACGGGCAACCGAAUUACCGAACUUCCUUGGAAUGUGUUCGGCAGCAUCAACGAUUACAAGCAAUUGCGUAUUGUCGACAUGAGCAGCAACCACAUCCGCGAAAUCCGCGGCAAGAGCUACCACCAUGUGCCGCGUGUGGAGCGACUCAUCCUGAACCACAAUAACCUGAGCAUAUCUCGGUUCGACGACGAAGUAAAUCACCACCAUCCGCGGGUCUUCUCCAACUUUGUGAAUCUGCAGAGCCUCCAUCUGACAGAUGCCUUCGAGGACAACAGCUCGCCGCAACUGAGUGAGGACCUACACGACAUCUUCGUAAACAGCCAGCUGGUGAAGCUGCAGAAGCUGCAUCUGGAACAGAACGAGAUCACCCACUUCAAGGACCGAAACGUCUUCUGUGACCUGCCCUCGCUGCGCGAUCUUCACCUGGGCGACAACCUGCUGCGCGACCUUAACUUCGAGGUUCGCUGCCUCAACAACCUGCGCUUCCUCGACCUGGAGCGGAACAAGUUCGGAUUUGUGAAGCCGAGUGACCUUCGAGUCCUCAACGAACUGGAGGAGCGCCCCAAUCGCACGGCCAACCUGAUCGUUGAUUUUAACCUGAACCCCUUUGUCUGCGACUGCAGCAUAGCACCGUUCCGUACGUGGAUCCCCAGCACCCGAGUUACUGUACGCAACAAGGACAGCCUCAUGUGCUUCCACUCGCAGGGACGCGUGGACGCCGCCCCCGCUCAUCUCCUGCAGCUCGAUAUGUCCCAGUGCGCGGACGCCAUUGCUGCAGCCGCUUCGAUUCUGAAUGCUGCCGAGGAGGAACAGCGGUACGGCGCGGAGGCAGAGACAUCUCUGCAGGCGCACCCCCACAUAAACGGUCACACGGCCACACUUAUCUUCCUACUGAUCGUGCUCAGCAUGAUUCUUCUGGGGCUACUGGUGGCCCUCGUCUACGUCAGCCGAGACAAAUUGAAGUACAUGAUAACGCCGGUGUUCGACAACGUGGCCAAGAAGGUGCAGUACACGUCGAUCAAGGACGAGGACUGCCCGGAGGUCCACGUCUAGAAGCCACACGCCCACACAAAAUCAUUCACAGAUUCAGAACAGGAAGAGGGAGUAAAGAGUUUAUCCCGUUUUUUAAUUCAAAACUCCAUUAGACUACGAGGAACAAGAUUCUCAGAUAUUACUUUCAUUUGCUUAAAAUAUAAAGGUUUCGUGUACCGACAGAUAUAUUUUAAAAUCCAACUCAAAAAGGUUUAGCUACCGAACAGCUUAGAUCUAUCUUAGAACUUGUUAAAUGAGUUUGUCUCGUAACCGAAUGGGAAAAUUUGUGACAAUUAAAUGCCAGUUGAUUUCUUAAAAAUAAAUUCUAUAACUUUAAAUUCCUCUCAGUUGAAUCGGUACGAAUUAAAAAACGGUAUUUAAACUCAUUUUUGUUUUUGCCAUUCGCGUUACGCAAUACGUGUGCCAUUGACACCAGAAAUAAAGAUGGAAAAUAGGAAUUCAUCUUAUCACAGAUUCGGAUCGUAGUACUUAAGCCAACUGUUGCAUUUAACAGCGAUGAUAUGCGACCAGCGAAAUUAAUGUAACACAACCACACACACAAUUUUGUUAGUUCUAGCGUUUUUCUAACCUAACAUUAAGUCAGUUCAGCGUUCUAUGAUUUCUACACAAGGGAAUCUUAAGAAAUGACGGGCCGGUAUCAACCGAUUUGACCAUACACAACAUAUAUAGUGACAUAAAUAUAUAUAUAUAUAUAAAUAUAUAUUGAAACAGACACAUAUAUAUAAAUGCAUAUAUCGUAACAAACACUUUAGUGUUAUCUGUGAUUUAAGUUUAGUAGCUUUACUUUGUUGAAACUCUGCAGAAAUUUGAGGUCGAAAUUGGAAAACAAUAAACGUCAACUCUUUUUAGCAUAACAGAUAAUUCUACACUUAAUGUAAAAUGUUUCUAUGCUUAAUAUGUUAUUAAUCAAUUAAUUUGUCAAUUGUACUAGCUAUACGAUGAUUUCUCCCUUGAUUUACCAACAUUAACAAGCAUUUUUUAUAAAUAAACUUUUCAAAAACUUUUUGAA